CGGUGUUCGAUCAGUUUGUGAUUUCACGCGACAUUCGCGAGUUUUUUCCAUUUAUUCAGGUUAUUGCCGACUCAGUUACGGACGGGAAAGAUUCGGAGAAGACCCAAAAAUCCCAAAGUGUAUUCAAUUUAACUUAACUUUGCCGGACCUGGAGCGGUGCUCGGAAUUGUUAUCGGCGUUUUGCUAUCGGGCUGCGGAUUAAUUUUCCGCGAAUAUUUCAUGCUUGUUUUUAAAUUUAUCGAGCCGGCUGUUCAAAAUUGUUAAUUGAAGAUGUCAAAUGGAAGUGGAGAUCACGAUGACGAAGGGUAUGUCGUCAAAUUACGAGGGCUUCCAUGGUCAACCACUGUUGACGAGAUUCUCAAAUUCUUCAACGACUGUAGUAUCUCGCAUGGAAAAGCAGGCAUUCACAUGACCAUGUCAAGGGAAGGAAGACCCAGCGGGGAAGCCUACAUUGAGAUGGACACGGAAGAAGAUAUUGAGAAGGCUUGUAAACGAGACAGAGAUCACAUGGGGCACCGGUACAUCGAAGUAUUCAAAGCAAAGCGAGGUGAGAUGGAGUGGGUGGUUAAGCGCAGUGGAUUGAACUUGGAAAAUGCAAUGGACGAUGGCUGCGUUCGCUUACGGGGUCUUCCAUUUGGUUGUUCAAAAGAGGAGAUUGCACAAUUCUUCGCAGGGUUGGAGAUUUUGCCGAACGGGAUAUCGCUACCUACAGACUACACGGGUCGCAGUACUGGGGAGGCUUACGUUCAGUUUGUUAACAAAGAUGUUGCGGAGAGAGCUCUGCAGAAACACAAGGAAAAGAUAGGACACAGGUACAUUGAAAUCUUCCGAAGUAGUUUAUCAGAGGUGCGUGCCAGUAUUGGACCAAAAAUGCGAGGGGGUCCCAUGGGAGGAUUUAAUCAAAGACCUGCACCUUAUGAUCGUGGUGAUAGAUUUGGUGGUAUGAAUCGUUUUACAAACAAUGGCAGAGGCUCCAGAAGCAGAGAUUUUGACAGUGGAUUGUGGGGGGGAAAUAACAAUUUUGGAACACGCGGUAGCAAUAUCUGUAUGCGUGGUAGCAUGGAUAUGAAAGGUGGAAACUUCAGAGGUAGUGGAGACAAUUGGAACGGGAAUUCUGGACUGCAUUGUAUUCACAUGCGAGGUCUGCCUUUCAGAGCAACGGAGCAAGAUAUUGCAGAUUUCUUCAGACCUAUUGUACCUGUGAAUAUUCGACUCUUAUUAGAAAAUAGUGGACGAGCGUCUGGAGAAGCGGAUGUAGAAUUUGCCACGCAUGACGAAGCGGUCAAAGCUAUGUCUAAGGAUAAAAGCCACAUGUCUCAUAGAUACAUAGAAUUGUUCCUGAACUCGUCCAGUGGAUCGGGCGGUAUAUCAGGAUUAGGUGGAAUCGGAAACUUCUGUGGAGGAUUAGGCAAUAACUUCAGACCAGGAUAUUCUCCCAACAACAGAGGCUAUAACAACAGUCAACUCGGCGGAAGCAACUACAAUAGUUUUUGAGCUAAGUAGUGGUAAUAACAUUUUUCUCAUCGAUCAUGGUCAUAAGUUUUGUGUAAAUCGUAUUGCAUACCGUAAAAGAGUAAAUCGAUCAAGUUACUGAAUAUUAUGUUAAAAGUAACUAACAUGGAUGUAAACGGUAAAAUUAACUUCAUAGUUUUUUUUGACAAUAUCGUUGCUACUUAACGUCGAUUCGCUUCUGAUAUGUGAUGAAAGAAAAAAUUCAUUUCUAGUUACUACGAAUAGACAUUUUGUACAAAAUACUUUUGAGUGCAUGAUAAAAUUUUAAGCAAAAGAUACAGUAUCAAAGAAAUCUAUGAAUCAUCAAAUUUCCUUAUACAGUUAAUGAAUAAAAUACCGUAUAAAUACCUCAGA